AUGAUUCAUGACGAGUCGGGCAAUACUGUUUCAAAUCAAGUGACUGGAUUGAACGAACGGGAUCAGAGAACCUUUGAUCGUAUAAGACAAAGGCUUGUAGCGUCUAAAAAGAUUGCAAAAGAAAAACGCGAAGAAUAUUGGGAUUAUGAAGCCAUUGGACUGGAGCAACAGUCAGCGUUAGAAAGGGGAGAAGAGAUAUCAGGGUCAACGUACGAUCCAAAUGUUGAAAAGAAAUUAAAAGAAGAGUAUGUAGCGGCAAGGAUAAAAGUAUCCAGUAUCAGACAAGACUUUAAAAGGUUUAUGAAAAGACGUGGUUUAGAAUUUCAAGAGCCAGAUUCAGAUUCAGAUUGA